AUGGGGAAGUGUGGGAUGAGCUGCCUGGUCUACUGCUGUGACCCAACCAAGACAAAGGACAGCCUCCGACGGCUCUCCGCGGCGCUGCUCCUCCUCAGCCUGUGCGCCGCGGUGCAGCGAGUCCACUCCGAGAUUUAUAACUGUGGCGGAUCCAAAUGUGACUGCAGUGGAGUAAAAGGAACCAAAGGUGAAAGGGGUUUUCCAGGUCUCACUGGACAGCCAGGACUUCCAGGGUUCCCUGGACCUGAAGGGUCAAUCGGGCCCAGAGGAGAGAAGGGCAGUGAUGGACCUUCUGGACCAAGUGGCCCAAAAGGAAUUAGAGGUCCACCUGGAUUACCAGGAUUUCCCGGAACACCAGGAAUUCCAGGGCUUCCAGGGCAUGAUGGUCCGCCAGGCCAGAGAGGAGUGCCAGGCUGCAAUGGCACAAAGGGUGAAAGGGGUUUCCCGGGAAAUUCAGGCAUUCCUGGAUUACAAGGAAGACCGGGUCCACCUGGUCUGCCAGGACAAAAGGGAGAUCCUGGGGAUGUGAUCUCCACCGGGCGGUAUGGGCCAGACGGAACAAUUGGGCAACCCGGAUUGAGAGGAAUUCCUGGCCUUCCUGGACCACCAGGGUUUCCAGGUCCAACCGGCCCCAUCGGUCCGAGAGGCUAUGAGGGUCGUCCAGGUCCUCCCGGCCCUCCAGGACUUAAGGGAAACAUGGGAUUGAACUUCCAAGGACCCAAAGGAGAGAAGGGUGAUCAAGGUUUGCCAGGACCUCCAGGGCCACCAGGUCAGGUUGGAGAACAGAAGAGACCCCCACAGACGGACAUUCAGAGAGGAGAUAAGGGUGACCGAGGACUUCCCGGCCUCCCGGGUGAUCCGGGUUAUCCAGGAGCCCCUGGUCCUUCUGGAGGUCUUAAAGGAGAAAAGGGAGAACCAGGAGAGGCUGGCAAACGGGGAAAACCAGGAAAAGAUGGAGAUCCUGGUCCUCCUGGCUACCCCGGAAUCAAAGGAGAUUCGGGUCUACCAGGUCCUCCAGGUCGGGAUGGAGAACGAGGACAAAAGGGCGAGCCUGGAUACCCGGGUCCACCGGGCGUGGUGAUUGGGGGGACAACUGCAGGUCAGAUCGGGUCAAAAGGUGAGCCUGGUUUUCCUGGAGCACCUGGAGUUAAAGGAGAGAGGGGACCUCCAGGUUUCACAGGACCUCCAGGACAGCCAGGACUUCCAGGAGUGAGCACUGGUGGUCAAGGCUACCCAGGAGAGAAAGGCCAGAAAGGAGAACCAGGAUCUCCAGGGGUUUCCCUGCCUGGUCCCCCAGGACGUUCAGGACCUCCUGGUGUCCAGGGUCCACCAGGGUCUCCUGGACCUCCAGGCUUUUCCAGCGGAGGUGGCAGCUGUAUCCCUGGAGCGCCCGGUCGUCCUGGCCUGCAGGGAGAUAGAGGAUACCCUGGGGAGACGGGACAGAAAGGUGAAAAGGGCGACACCUGUGUCAACUGCUUUGGUGGCACCUCUGGUGUUCAAGGUCCACAGGGACCUCCUGGACAACCUGGUUUCCCUGGAACACCUGGUGCCCCAGGUAUAAAAGGUGACCAAGGAUACCCAGGAUCAACUGGUCUUCCUGGUCCCCCUGGUGCUCCUGGUCCUCAAGGUACCCCUGGAUACCCUGGAGAGAAGGGAGAGCCGGGUGAUGCUAUUCCAGGCGGUGGCGGUAGUUUAGGAGAGAAGGGUGAUACUGGCUUCCCUGGACCACCUGGUCUGCCAGGACUGGAUGGUCGGCCAGGUCGUGAUGGACAGCCUGGCCCACCUGGGCCUAAAGGAACUUCUGGGUCUCAGCUGGUGAAAGGGGAGCGAGGGUUACCUGGUGACCCAGGACCUCAAGGGCUUCCAGGAGACAGAGGUCCACCAGGUUUACCUGGCUUUGGACCUCAGGGGCCCAAAGGCGAGAAAGGAAUCCAGGGUGUCUCAGGAAGACCCGGAGUUUCCGGUGUACCUGGUACUAAAGGUGAGCCGGGUCUUUCAAUAGCAGAGAAAGGCCAGCCAGGAUCAAGAGGACUGGAUGGUGAGCCAGGUCUCCCCGGCAGCCCAGGUAACCCUGGACAGCCUGGACAGCCUGGUUUCCCUGGUUCACCAGGACCAAAGGGUGAACCUGGAAUCCCAGGGAUUGGACUUCCUGGACCUCCAGGAGUUAAAGGAUUCCCAGGUAUACCUGGCCAAUCAGGAGUCCCAGGAUCACCAGGCAGACCUGGACUUGACGGCCUCCCUGGUCAACCUGGCUUCCCUGGACCUAAGGGGGACCCUGGGUUUGGGCUUCCUGGACCUUCAGGCGUGCCAGGAAUUCCUGGACCUAAAGGUAUAACUGGACCAAAGGGAGAUCCUGGCUUCCCAGGUAUCCCUGGCACACCUGGACGAGGUGGAUUUGAUGGCAUUCCAGGACCUAAAGGUGAACCUGGUGCACCUGGUAUCCCUGGAGCUCGUGGCCCACCUGGAUCCACCUCCACUGGCACAAUAGGGCCACCAGGCCCUCCAGGCCCUCCAGGACCAAUGGGACCACCAGGAUUUCCAGGAGCAAAUGGACCGAAGGGAGAUCCCGGCCUUCCAGGGCUAGGCCUUCCAGGUCAGCCAGGGGACAGAGGAACUCCAGGUUUCCCAGGUUCCCCAGGGCCAGUGGGAGAACCUGGACCACCUGGAGGCGCGGGUCGGGACGGUCAGCCUGGCCUGCCAGGUCUGAAAGGUGACACAGGUCCCUUUGGACCUCCAGGAUCUCCUGGAGAACCUGGAGGCCCAGGAUUGCCCAGUGGUCCAGGACCUAAAGGUGAACCUGGAUUCUCAGGUAGAGAUGGUGUGCCUGGUGGUUCUGGUCCCAAAGGAGAAAGGGGUGAUCCUGGUGAACCAGGACCCCCAGGACCCAGCCUCACAGGACUGACUCUGAAGGGAGCUAAAGGAGAACCAGGACUACCAGGUGCACCUGGUCUUUCAGGUCAAAAAGGAAUCAUUGGUCUCCCUGGUGAUCCAGGACUACCUGGAGCAGAUGGUCGGCCUGGACUCCCAGGACCUCCAGGUUAUAAAGGAGAUCCUGGAAUUCCAGGGAGCCCAGGUGGUCCAGGAGCUCCAGGACCAAAGGGUAUUAUGGGAGAAAUGGGAUUUCCAGGACCAGCGGGACUGAAGGGUUUACCGGGUCAACCGGGUCGGCCGGGAGGGCCAGGAGGACCAGGAGCACCUGGUGUUCCUGGAGCCAAAGGUGAACCAGGUUCUGCCGGAGUUGGACCACCAGGACCACCUGGACUAAAGGGUGAACCAGGCCAGCCAGGAUUCCCAGGAAGUCCAGGACAGAAAGGAGUGCCAGGAGGACCUGGACUUCCAGGUUUACCUGGUGGACCAGGCGCCAAAGGUGACCCCGGUCUCCCAGGAUUCCAAGGUCCCCCCGGUAUUCCUGGCCCAAAGGGUUUUGAUGGUGGUCCUGGUGCCGCUGGUCUCAAUGGAGGUCCUGGUAGACCAGGAAACCCUGGACUUCCUGGCUCACCAGGACGUCCUGGAGAAAAAGGUCAACCAGGUCGUGAUGGCAUCCCAGGACCAGCAGGAAUUAAAGGAGAGCCAGGGGUGCCUGGAUAUGGUGGUCCAGGUCCUGCGGGGCUUCCAGGGUUGCCAGGUACUAAGGGAGACCCUGGUCUUCCUGGUCCACCUGGUAGUCCUGGUUACCCUGGUCUGAAGGGAGAUUCUGGGUUUCCUGGUCCUCCCGGCGCUCCAGGCAGCAUUGGCCCUCCUGGACCCGCAGGACUGGCUGUGCAGGGCCCCAAAGGACUUCAAGGACCUCCAGGACCACCUGGACGAGGAGGUGUACCUGGACCACAAGGUCCCCGUGGUCCCCCAGGAAGUGGUGGCGUCAGAGGUGAGAAGGGUAUUCCUGGUGCUCCUGGCCAAGCAGGGUUCCCCGGACAGAAAGGAGAACCUGGCAAUCCUGGAUUCCCGGGUUCUCCUGGCCUUCCUGGUGUUCCCGGCUCCAAGGGAGAUGUUGGUCUGCCUGGCGUGCCUGGAUUCCCUGGACCAAAGGGAGACCCAGGAGGCCCAGGUGGCUUUGGUCCUCCUGGAGACCCUGGAACAAAGGGAGAGCCCGGCCUUCCAGGUGAACCUGGUACUGCUCCAUCCUCAUUCGUGAAGGGAGAGAGAGGACCCCCUGGGCCUCAGGGUCUGCCUGGUGGAAGGGGUCUGCCAGGACCACCCGGGCGUGACGGAUUCCCAGGUCAGCCUGGUGAAUCUGGUACUCCUGGUCCGGAUGGUCCUCCUGGAUUCAGUGGCCCUUCUGGAAGGAAGGGGGACAAUGGACCUGCCGGUCAGCCUGGUCAGCGUGGUUACCCUGGUCCUCCCGGUUCAGAUGGUCCACAGGGUCCUCCCGGACCUCCAGGAUCGGCCUCAACAUCUCAUGGCUUUCUCAUCACCCGACACAGUCAGGGCCAAGACGUGCCGUUCUGUCCCGAUGGAACUAGCCUCAUCUAUGACGGAUACUCUCUGCUGUAUGUGCAGGGCAAUGAGAGGGCACAUGGACAAGAUCUUGGCACAGCAGGUAGCUGUCUACGCAGGUUCAGCACGAUGCCCUUCAUGUUCUGCAACAUCCAUAACGUCUGCAACUUCGCUUCCCGCAACGACUACUCCUACUGGCUGUCCACACCUGAGCCCAUGCCCAUGUCCAUGGCUCCAAUCACCGGGGAAAGCAUCAAACCCUUCAUCAGCAGAUGUGCAGUGUGUGAAGCUCCGGCCAUGGUGAUCGCAGUCCACAGUCAGACCAUCCAAAUUCCCAGCUGUCCUUCGAAUUGGGAUGCUCUGUGGAUCGGAUACUCCUUCAUGAUGCACACCAGUGCGGGCGCGGAGGGCUCGGGCCAGGCCCUGGCCUCCCCAGGCUCUUGUCUGGAGGAAUUCCGCAGUGCUCCCUUCAUAGAGUGCCACGGCAGGGGGACGUGCAACUACUAUGGCAACUCAUACAGCUUCUGGCUUGCCACUGUAGACUCCAAUGAGAUGUUCAGAAAACCCCAGUCAGAGACUCUCAAGGCAGGCAACCUAAGGACACGCGUCAGCCGCUGUGUAGUGUGCAUGAAGAGAACGUACGGCCGAUAACAACACGUCUGGAUGACGGAAGACAGCUUUGCAGAACAGUGGUCAGGGUGGUGGACAGUUCAUCAUCGUGGCAACAAGGUGGAAUUCCAACGGUGCGGUGUCUUCCAGGAAAAAAAAGCAAAAACAAUGGUGCUACUGUGCAACACAGCUUAAAAAACAAAUAAUUUUUUUUUUAAAAAAGGACGUGAAUAAAUCUGAUAUUUAGUCUUUUUCUUAAGAAGUACCUCAAAAUGAACACAGAAAAAUAUCCACUAGAUGGAGCCAUGAUGGAUGUGAUGACAAAAAGUGCAUUUUUCACUCUUCUCUCACAGAGAGAGGUGUUUUUUCUUCUAUUUCUACUUCUUCUCUUUUGACACAGGUGCAACAAAAAUGUGGUACAUCCAUUUUGAAAUAGAAGUGCUCAGUUUUUUUUUUUUUUUCAUUUCUUUUCUUCACGAGGAAUGGAUGGUCUCCACCGUUACCAAAUCGGCACUUUGACUUCAGAACAUCCAAGAUGAGAGAUGCACUGACCAUGAGCUUUUCCUUCUUUUUGUCCCCUUCUCUUUUAUCCAUUUGGUGCUACUAACCCUGCUGUAGCCAGCCCACUAACUGUCGGCCUACAAUUUCUUUCUUACACUUUAUUUGUAAGUAAUUAAAUGUGUAUAUUGUGUAAAACACUUUUUUUUUGUUUUGUUUUUAGUGUAUUAGUUCAUGAAUCGUGCCAGUUUCUCGGUUCUUUUGCGCUUGCUGACUCGUGCAUGGUGACACACAUCAACUCAGAUAUUGUAAAAAGUGAGGCUUUUAUGAAUGAAACAGUAUUUUAUAUAUAAUAAAUAUAUAUUUGAAAAAAAAGAGGAAAAAAGUAUAGAAACUUUAUUCAGCUGUGGGGAGAAUAUUCAGUUUUCAACCAGCGAAACGUACGGCUGACUGAACCAUUGUGUCAAACGUUUUCUGCUCCAUUUCUACUAUUAAUAAUGUCCAAACAAAAGGGGAUUUAAUUUUAGCUCUGCUGGUGAUCGCUGAAUGCUACACAUUUGGAUAUAAAAUGUGACUUCUAUACUGAGGGCUGUUUUUUUUUUUUUUUUUUACAUUUCUGCGUGCUGCACUUUGCUGUUUAAAACAAAACACAAAAAAACAAAGAGGCACUGUAGAUUUCGCACCCUGAUCCCUUAAAAUCCACUUUUGGUGAGGUCCAGAAACCAAUUCAGGUGUUCACACAGGUUCUCUGGUGUAACAGCCCCUGAUGUACUGUACUAUGAUAUUUUCCUGUGACUUUUUAUUUUAUUUUUUCCUCAGAAACUGCUUUUAAGAAUUUUUGUCAGCCUGGGUAUGAUUAAGAAAAGUGUAUUAAUUUUUCAUUUUGUUUUCAUGUUAUCCAAAAGUUGUUAUAAACUUUUAAGACUGAAUAAAUAAACACAAUGUCCAAA